GGAAGUGAAUCAGAAGUAUAACACAUCAUACUUUUUUUCUUAGUGUCUCUGAGAUUGGCGCAUUAUCUCCAAGUGUUUUUCUUAUGCUAGACCUAGCCAAGGCUUACGACUUUUUAGUGAUACUUUGUGUAUCUGGCUAACUCAGGAAAAUCGUUGACUGUACUCGUUACCGUUGUUAUUAGAAGAUUCGCAACAAUGGAAUGUCGAUCUCCUCGAAAUACUGGAAUCGUAAUAACAGAAAAUUAUAUACACCGAAAUGAAGAAGAAGAUGACUUGGAAGAAAGUUUUCUUUCGCAUGAGAGAUUGAAAGAGUACAAAAAAGUACAAGAAGUCCUUCUAACAUUUUCGAGAACUAAACCUAAAAAUAAAUCUGACGUAAGGAAAUUCCUCAUAAACAUUGCCGCAAGCUCGACAAGGCUUCUAGCACUUUUAGAAGAUAUAUCAAUUCAGGAAACAGGUUGUAGGACAAAAACUAAAAAAAAUCAUAAAUGUGAUGAAUAUGAUAAAUCUUCCACCAAGGACCAAAGUAUUCCGGAAAAGAUAAAUCAGCAUCUUGGGCAUAAAAAUGAUAAAAAACGUGAACGGUUACCAAGAGUAGCUAUGCAAAGAAUCGGAACUAAAAGGCCGUCUGGAGAAGAGCCCAAAGAUAUGUCACUACAUGGAAAUAAUGACCACACAAUGAAUAACAAAACGUCCGGCUCUACAAGUUCUGAGUGCAUAGGAUUUCUGCAAGAAAAUACUAUUCAAAUGCUUCUACAAAAAGAUGAAAUUUGUAAUGCUCAGUUGAACAAUGAGACUGAAAUAGUGUUUGAAUGCAAAAAUGUAGAACCUACCAUAACUUCGUUUGCACCGCGAAAAUUUGACUAUGUGUCCCAAGGUCAGUUGAAAGAUUCAGAAAUUAGCGAAGCAAAUCGUGUCACGAUUAAAGAUGAGCUAUUACGCAUGGUGAAGAAAGAAUAUUUGGACGAUAGUAUGGAAAAAUUGAAUUUAAAUAAAGACUGCGAAACCAAUGCGCAAAACGAUAUAAUUCCGCCUCUAAAUUCUAUACACGACAGCAAUGAAUCUGAAAAGCUUGAGACAUGUUCAAACAAGUUCGAAAAGAAGAGUAAUCUCAAAGUCCAUCACGAUACGGCGCUCAAUCACAUUACCCACUCGUGUGACAUUUGUGGAAAGAAAUUCACACAGAAGACCAAACUCGAUAUCCAUACUGAAGUAGUGCAUAAUCGUCGGAAACUUUACCAAUGUGAUACAUACGGAAAGACGUUUGCGUUAAAAAACAAUCUUGACCGUCAUAUUAAUUCAGUUCAUAUUGACCCUGCAUGCCAUGCACCCAGAAAAACAAUUACACAAAAAGAUUACUUCGUAAAUCACAUUGAUUUAGUGAAUAAUGGUCAGAAAUCUCACGAUCGCGGUACAGGUGGACAGGCAUUUAGACAAAAAGUUGCUCUGAAAAAACAUUUUGAUUCGGCAGGUAGAAGUAUUAUUCACACAUGUAACUCGUGUGGAAAGACGUACACAAGUAAAUCCAAUCUCAAAAAUCACAUCAACUUUGUGCACAAAAAUUUGAAGCAUCAUAAGUGUGAUAAAUGCCAAAAGGCGUUUAGUUGCAAAAGUGCUGUUAAUCUCCACAUGAGUACGGUGCAUAAUGGCAUCACUCGUACAUGUGAUUUUUGUAAAAAAAUAUUCACACGAAAGGGUAAUCUAAUGGUCCACAUUAAUAUGGUGCACAUGAGAAAUGAAAAACUUUACAAAUGUGACGAGUGUCAAAAAUCAUUCAACUACAAAUCUCAUCUCAAUUCUCAUAUUGAUGAUGUACAUAAAGGUAUAACUCACCCAUGCGAUUUGUGUGAAAAAAUAUUUUCAUCAAGAACGGGUCUCAAGUAUCACAAAGAUUCUAUUCAUAACGAUAUAACUCAUCAAUGCGAUCAAUGUGAAAAAUCAUUCACACAAAAAAACAACCUUAAACUCCACAUAAAUAAAGUACACAAUGGUAAAAAACCAAAUGCGUUAUAA